AUGUGUCACACUCGUGGAGCCGUUGGAUUAUGUGUGUGCUCCAGUGCUCAACCGAGUUGCCACGAUUUGUGGCCAACACAGAAGAAUUCGGCAAGUCCCGGACCAAAAAAUAUGACGACUCAUAUCAAAUGGAUCGACACUGAUGUCAAUCAGAUCAAUGCGAUUUCUCAUAGAGUAACCGGCUUCUCCGCAGACUAUGCUCGCAGUCGAGUUGGCCAGAUGCGUGUGGAGCAUUUCCCAGAGCAAUUUCCAGGAUCACCAGUUUCCUUUGCUCCUACUUUAUCAGUAUUUAUCGUAUUUCUGGCUACAGUAAUCCUUUUUUAG